AUGGAAAUCGAUGACGGGGCAAGUUCGUCUUCGGAUGGCGAUGAGCUGGAAGAAUUGAAGGAAGCACGACAUUCCGCAGUUUUAGAUUUGGAUUUCGAUAGUGAAGAAGCUGCUCAAACUAUAUGCCGCGUUGUUGGCGUUGAUAAGGAACCGAGUAGAAGUAAUGCGGUCCGAAGCUACAGUGUGAAUGGAUCUCAUUUGCGGAUAGAAAUCAAGAGCUUGGACAGGAAGUCGCUUCAAAAAUCCAUAGCGAACACGCUUGAGAUGUGCGAUCUAGCGAAAGCGACGUUAGAUCUAGUGGCUAAUAAGAAGUGGCUGGAUUUGAGAGGACCCAUGUUCAAAGGGUUGAAGUCCAAGCUCGAAGAUGAAGCUAAGAAACUUCAAGCAUCUGUACAGCAAUACAGCGAGCAGUUCAGCCAACAAGUGGAGUCAAUCAGACACGGAACGAGCGAUGCCGGAAGCGAAAGUGGAUCAAGCAUAACGAGACGAUUUCUGAACACUGUUGGCGGAUCUUCGUCACCUGGGCCUCAUAAUGCGCAGGAUUCUCUUAAUCUUUCGGUGGGGGAUACUCUCAUGGAAGAAGUGACUGAAGGUGAUCUCCUUGGACUAGACUUAUCGUCAAGACAACGACGACUUUCUGGUGGAUCCAAUCACAGCACAGAGAGUUCGCUGUCGACGCUGUUCCAGUCUGUACCUGGUUUGGCAGGCACAACACUGGACACCGCCGAUUCUGACACUGAAACUCUGGACGAGUAUAGCUCUGGUGUUAUCAAGUCGGCUAGCAAGGAUCAGAUUUCCAAUGUUUUGUCGCGAUUGCAAGGUCGUGCCACAUCAUAUAAAGAUAAAUAUAGAGAUCUUGUGAAGAAGUAUAAUGAAGUUGUGACGGAGAACAACAAAUGCAGGACGGUUUUGGCAAAAACUCAGGACAAAGCUUUGGAGAGAAUUGAAAAGUUGCGAAAUGAGAAGAAAGCGUUGGGCGAAAGAUUGCGCGAAACUGAAGAGAGCAGAGGCGCAUCUUCACCUGUUGAACAAAAAUUACAUCGAUAUGAAGAAAUGCUGGAAAAGUGCAAAGCGGAAAUUACAAAAAGUCGUACGAAAAUCAAAGAACUCACACAGGAAAACGAGAAAUUAUCGCAAACUCUUCGUGCUGCAGAGGGGGAGUCCGAUCUUUCCACGUUGAUUGUUGAUCGAGUAACAAAUGAAUGGAAGCAGCGAAUCGAUAAGGUGGAGGAGGAAUGGACGGCACGGAUGAAUAAGAACGACGAAGAUCAUGCCAUACAGUUGGCAACCGCCAAGGCAGAGAUGCAUGCGGCUCUUGAAACGAAGGACAGGGAGAUUGAAUCUUGGCGCUCAAAGUGCCACACUUUGGAAUUCCAAGAUGGACAAGCUAAUGAGCGUUGGCAGAAGAAAGUAGAUGAACUGCAAAAAGCUAUCCAGGCAUUGGAAGUCGAAAAAAGUGAUAUGAUUGAAAAGCUGUCGGCGGCAAAGCAACAGGGUGUCAGAGCUGUUCGCGAUGAAGAAGAGAAGAAACGCGAGGACAUGAAAGCUGAGUUUGAAGCGAAAGAGAAGAAAUCAGAGGAAGAAUUUAUGGCUAAGCUCAACGAAGUUGAGACUGCGAAGAAUAAGGAGAUUGAAGACUUGAAAUCUGAGCUGGAGUCUUCUCGUAACUCUGAGAUGUCCUUCAAAGAAGCUAAAGAACAGGAAGGCGCGUUGUCGGAAGAAGUUGAACGUUUGCGCAAGCAGCUGUGGGACUUGGAAGAGAAGAGUCAAGAAGAGGUGUCUGCGCUGAAAGAAACGCUAGCAAAAUCCAAUGAGGCGCACAAAGAUAGAAUGGUUGAGCUUGUGAAGGAACAUGACGAGAUUGUGUCUUCAGCUAGACAACAACAGCUCAUAGAACUUGAGGCUGCUACGGCCAGGUUUGAGCAAGCAAGAGAAGAAGCCGAUGCUUUGCGUUUGAAAAAUGAAGCUUUGGAGAAACAGCUGGAAGAGGUUGAUGAAACUCGCAGCAAUGAACGGACCCAAAUUGAGAAACUCGAAGGCCAGUUAGAACAGCUACAAAAGAAACUGAAAGAACAGACAAAAACGAAAGAAGAGGAAAAGGAAGGAGAGAUGGCUCAUCUACGCGACUCAUACAGCAAGCUAUGUGAAUCAAACGAGGACUUGAAGAAGCAGCUGAGUGAGCUCGAAAAGAAGUCUGCGGAACAGUUGGAAGGAGCCAAGAAAGAAGAAGAGAAGUUACGCCAGGAACUCGAGGACGUCCGCUCUAUGUUGGAGUCGCGAAAUGCGCAAAUUCAACUCAUGGAAAUACGCACAGAAGAGCUCGAAGCUGAACUGGCAACGGCUCGUGAAUUGGCGGCUAUGCAUGAACAUUUGAAAGCUGAAUUAGAGGAGGCUCAAAAACAACGCUCAGAUAUUGAGUCAAUGGUGGCGUCCUUACGCGAACGUGCUGAAAAAGCCGAGGCAACCUUGAGAGAAGAUCGUGCACGAUUACAAGCGGAUCAAACGGCUCUAGAAAAAUCGGUGGAAGAGCAGAAGGAGAGGGAAAUACUGGUACCUUUGUCAUCAGAACCAGAGAUGGAAAAGAAGCUCGCCGAACCGUCGGAUGUACUCAUAGACCUUACAUCGACUACAGCUGUUGAAAUGAACACAAGUGAUGAACUGCAACAACUACGAGCAGAGAUUGCCCAGCUGAAUAAUUUGAAUGCACAGCUGUCGUCACGGAUACAACAAUUGGAGGAGGGAAGAAAUCUUGUUGAAGUUUCGCAAAGAGAUACGGAAGACCUGCUGAGUGAUCCAAAGAACGGCGAAGAAACGUUCCCUGAUAAAUCUGCAAUGCUUGACAAGUUCAAAAAAUUGGAAACUGAGACGCAGAAUGUGGUUAUGGAUAUGUCGCAAAAAGCUGAGGUUGCGGAAAUGGAGAACAUACGGCUGACCCAAGAGCUUAGGAAGAAUAUGUUGGAGAUCGAGAAGGCUCAUGUGCAAAGAGAGGCGCUAGAGACGGAGCUGCGCGAGUUGAAAGCAAUGUUUGCUGAACGACAUCCAAACACGACGGAGACGGAAAUGAUGAGUCAUAUCGAAGAACAGCAUUUGUCUGCAGCGCAAGGUGAUCAGAAAGUGCAAAUGAACUCAUCAUCGCUUGAAGAAGAAUUGGAAAAGAUGCAGUCGCUGCUCAAUGAGUCUAAAGAACAACAUAAUGUGGAAAUAAUGCAGCUGAAUGAGCAAAUCAAAAUGUUGUCCAAUGAGAAGGAAAAUCUAGAAUCCCGUCGCGCUGAAACUGAGCUCGAACGUGCUGCACUUGAGGAGCAGGUUGCCACAAUAACAGAGCAAGUCCGACAGUUAACCGAAUUAGCAGCCACUCAGAAGGAAGAAUGUGAUAAAGCAUUGGAGUCGCUGAAGCAGAAGACGACUGAGUAUGAAGAGAAAACGGCUGCUCUUACGUCCGAACUCAAGGAAAAAUCUGAUAGUGUUGUUAGAUUAGAAGAACAAUUGCAAGAGGUCAAGAAAAUGGAGGCCGAAGCUCAGUCUCGUCUAGCAGCUAGCGAUGAGCAUAUCAAACAGCUGGAGAAGCAGGUAGAUGCCGUGACAUCCGAUUUGGAACAGUCAAAUGCAAGUCUUGCCGAGGAACGUGCACGAGGUGACAGCGAGCAUGCUCAUCUCCAAGAACUACAAUCCGGUGCUGAGAAGCAGAUGCAAGAUCUGAGUUCGCAGCUCAAAACUACCGAAGAAAAACUGUCAAGGAAAGAACAGGAGCUCGCGGCAAUGAAGGAGGCUCAGGCUGAUGGAGCUAUGGCUGUUUCGAAUUUGGAGUCCCAGUUAUCUGAAUUGAAGAAGAAACUCGAAGAAAGCGAAACAAAGGCAGCUGAAGAGUCUAAUAAGACCUCUGCGUCGUUGCAACAGUUGGAGCAGAAGAUUUUGGCUGAGGAGAAACGUGUUCUCGAACUUCUUGAGCAGUUGAAGACAGAGCAAGCUGAGGCGAAGAAAACACUAAAACAGGUCAAGGAUGAUGCCAAAGAAGAGCAGGCUUCUCCAAUGGCGGCUAAAAUCCGUGAAUUAGAAGAGCUGAAUGAUAAAAUGCGAGUAGAAUACAUAGCGAAGGAGAACGUGGUGAAAGAACUGCGAGCUGAGAUAGACAGUAUCCAUAAGCAGUACGAGGAGAGCGCUCAAGCUGAGGAGAAGAAACUAAAGGCUGCAAAGAAACAACUGGCUCAGCUGAAAGCCGACGCUGACAAGGCCGCUUCCACAACGACAGAAAUUCAGGCAAAGCUGGUUGUCGCUGAAGAGAAGCUAAGGGAUUUCGAAAAAACUCGCGAACAGGAGAAAGCUGAGGAGGAUAGAAUAAGAGAACAGUAUGCCAACGCUUUGGAAAACUUGAAAUCCGAGUUAGCCGAAGCCCAUAAUCGCAUCAGAUCUGCUGAAUCUGUGGAAAAAGAGAGUGAGAAGUUGCGCGCCGAACUUGCUGAGGUGAAGAAGCAGUGCGAAGAAGAAGUGGCUAAGCAAAAAGAAGAAUCCGAACAAGCUGUUCAAGAAUUCAAAACGAGAGCCGAAAAGAAACUGGCAAGGAUAAAAGCAUCCGCGGAAAAGGAAGUCAACUCAGCUAAAGCUGAACUGCUCUUAGAGGUGGACGAGCUACGACGCAAUCUUUCUGAACGUGAUCGGCGUUUUGAUGAGCUUGUUGUGGAAAAAGCUCGAAUGGAACAGCAGAUCCUUGGACAGCAAGAGAUGGAGAAGGAACUGGAACAGCGACGUGCUAAAGAAAAAGAGUUGACGGAUUUCCGAAAGAAUGUGGAAAGGCAUGUGGUAGAGCUGGAAGCGGAGAACAAGCUGCUCAAGGAGAAAAAUGUUGAUCUGAAUAAGUACAAGGAGGAAAGCGAUGCGCGGAUUGAAGACAGUGAGCGAAAUGUGAAGGAGUUACAAGAGAAGAUAAAAGCCCUUGAAGAUGCUAAUGAGGAAGGCUUCCGGAAAGCAGCUGCUAAGCAUGAGAGUGACAACAAAAAAGCUGUGAGGGAACUCCAAAGGGAAGUGAAACAACUUUAUGUUGAGCUGAAUGAGAAGACUGAUGCCCUUGACAUGGCGAACGCACGAUUAGCUGAGCUAGAAUCGAGUAGUUCCAAUCACGAAGAAGAAAUUGCAGAAAAGCAAACACAGCAGGCUGUUGAUGCUUCGCCGAAUGUUGAGAUCGAGGAGGAAUUGGAGUCUAUGCGAAAACGGUUGAAAGAUUCGCAUAAAGAGGUCGAUAACCUUAGGGAAGAGAAUGCUCGACUAGAGCGACUGAUGGACCAACAGAAUAAAAUUAACUCUAAUACUCCCGCGAUCAUACAUGUAAAUGGUGGGGAUUGUGUUGGUUUUGCUGAUCCUGCAGAAGCUGAGUAUCUUAAAAACGUCCUGUACCGAUAUAUGUAUUCAAGAGAGAAUCUUGGCAAGGAAGCUGUGACGCUUGCCCGGGUAAUCGGAACCGUGGCAAAAUUUUCCAAAUCGGAAAUGGAGAACGUGAUCACCAGAGAGGAAUCACGUGUGGCUGGAUGGGUCGGCGGCACUGUUUCGCACGUUCUUACAGGGCGAUAAUCUGAUAUUUCGAUUUUCUCCUAAGUUCUUCCCUUUUAUAUUAGUACAUAUCAAACCCUGCUCAUUGUUCAUCCGUUGCAGCUGUGGAUCUUUCGAAGGCUGCUAUCUUUCUCCAAAAAUUAAUGUUCUGACUUUAUUUGAUCAAGUCCUUUUUGAUUAUGUGGCGUAGAUCAUUAUUGGAUCACUUAUCAUCUGGUGAAAGGCCUUUUUCUUUCUUGUUUUUUCUGUAUUGUUGACUUUUUUGUCUGAUUCUCCUUUUCUCAGAGCUAGAUAACGAAAGACUUUUAUCUGUGAAGUUAUGCUGUGAUUUUCCAACAUAGUCCCAUCAUAAUGAGGCAAAGCCCGUUGUAUACUAAUCUUUUUUCCAUAUUUUGAUGAUUGUUAUAAGAGUAGGAUGUCAAAAAUAUGGUGUACAUCGGUUGAAUUCAAGUGCAUGUCUAUAAAGCUAAAUCAUUAUCAUUAUUUAUAAUUGUUAAUGCAACUGUCUUAUUUCCAUAAACUACUUGCUUUACAUCACCACUGCAAGCAACGAUUGGAUAGGAACUGACGAUGAGCCUUCUACAUCC